CGAAGAGCGGCACCCGGUGGUAAAGAACAACAUCGUGUGUCUGCCCUCCCUAUGUAUCUUCCAUAUAAGGACUUCCGGAGUCCCCGUCGGCGGCACUCGACUCUCGAGGGGCUGCUGGGCCGCCUCAGGUGGCCCGUCCGUGAGAUUGUCCUCACCCUCUUCUUCUGGCUCGUGGGAUACGGCAUCAUCAUCUCACUUGAGGUACGUGGCAAGCAGCAGGCCCUGAGCGGAACUCGGGCGUGGUGUCUGUCGUGGUGCCUUCUGGAAUUUUGUGUGUGUGUGUGUGUGUCAAUCGGCUGCAGACGAUAUUCUUCCACUCGGACGGCGACCCGCGGCGGAGCUUAUCAUCUGGCGCGCCGCCAGAGCAGUCACCCAUGGAGAUGCUCCAGAACCAGGUGGGUGUGUGUGACUGCGAGAGAUUUGCCUGCCUCUCUCGUGUCAUUUCUGCUGUCUGUCUGUCUGUCUGUCUGUGUGCGCAGCUUGCGUCCGCCGAGAAGGACCUGCUUUCACUGAAGAAGGAGUGCAGAAAGAGGGAAGUCGAGGUCGGUCACACCACACCACACCAACCCACACCACACCAACCACCCACGAGGCCCUUGCCCUCUUCUAUUUGAUUCGCAUAUAUCAGGUGUGGUCGUAUCGUGAUGAGGCCUCGACGCUGAGGAGAGAUAAGGAGACAGCUGACAUGAGGGUGGGUGGGUGGGUGGGUGAGCCAGGCGGCCAGGCAGGCAGGCAGGCAGGCAGGCAGUGGACCAAAGCCAGGCAGUCAAUCACUCACUCACUCACUCACUCAUGGAUGUCGGCGGGGGAGGAACAGGGGAGAGGGGAGUAAUCGGAGUCAACGGCUCGUCGGGUGGGGUAUGGUGUGUGUGGUCAGGUGUCGGCUUUGCGCGAGAUUCUCGACAACAGGCGGAAUGCCCAGCCCACACAAAAGGAGACCGAGGAACAGGUAGGUACACGGUCUUAGGUUUUCGACUGUCACCGACUCCACUCCCUCCACAAUCUAAUUAAUCUGCUGUUUAUGUUUCCAGCUGAGGGCUUCCGAAGAGCGAAUGAAGGAGACAAUGCUGCAGGUACACCCUCACCCACAUGCACACACCCACUCAGGCACGCCUAUCGCACUCACUGCCUACCUGCCUGCCUGCAGCUGGCAGACGCAAACCAGCAGCUGACGACGAUGGAGCGAGCACUGGGCCUGAACCAUGUUCGGGACAUCCUGCGUGCGCUGCUGCACCACGAGGCGGCCAAGCUGACCCCCAACGUGACGGCCUUCGUGCAGGACGCCAUCAGCGACCUCGAGUUCACCGUCGGACACUUCCCGGUGUGCUCUCGACAGGAAAUGAACAUGUGGGUGCCCGACGAGUCGGAGCCACCACACACACCCUCCCACCCCACUGAACAACAGCCACACCCGCGGCAGCAGCACCAGCAGCAGCCGAGACGGAAGGCGCCCUUAGGGAAACCGUCACAACAAGAAGAUCAACAGCACGAACAAGGGCAACAAAAGCAGAGGGAGAUGCCGCUGACACUAACACGGCAGCAGCACCACCCGCAACAGCAGCAGCAGCAGCAGCAGGAGGAGGGUAAACAGGGAGAGGUGAAGAUCGAGGAGUCGCCGGGUGACAACAAGGAGAUCGAGGUGGUGGCUAUCGCGAGGAGUCUGCAGGAGGCGGGUGCCUUCGAGGCCGACGUCCACAGCAUGUUCACAGGGCCCCGCGUCCUCGACGGCAAAGUGGAGGGAUUCCCCGCUGAGGACGGCACGCCAGCCGCAGGGCCCGACGGCAACGACAACGGCCACUGGAAGCGGUACCUCCUUUGCUCGCCGCAGAAGAGGGACCAGAUCAGGAGCUCACGGGUGGAGCUGCAGGGGCAGGUCAUCAUGGGCAUACAGUCGCCACAGUUCACCAACGCACUCAAAAUCAUGGCGGUAGGCUGACAGACAGACAGACAGACAGACAGACAGAGACAGACAGACAGAUAAGCAGGCGCACUCUGCACCGCGCACCACACACAACAUCCUUGCCUGCAUCGGUGGUUCAGAGCUGCCUGCCGUUCGAGGACUGCAUCUUCCUCGACGCGGGUGUGGACAGCAGCUGGUACGGCGUGAUGCUGGCCUAUGCGGGCUACUCGGUCAUCGGCUUUGACGCCUUCUUCGGCAGCUACUUCCUGGACCAGCGUGCCCUCGACAUAGGGCAGGCCGAGGGGGAGCUCUUCGGGCCCAACGGCAGGAUGGGCAGCAUGGUCAUCUACCCAUUCGCACCUGACAACGACACGCGCAUCUGCCAGCUGGAGAAGCGUGAGAAAGAACCGGACGGAGGGAGGGAGAGAGGGAUGACGCAGGGGUGGAUGGCGUCUGUGUUGUUGUGUUGUGUUGUGGUUGGUUAAUUGUUCGCCAGCUGAGAACGCUCCGAAGAUGGUGUUGGAGGGCCCCAUCAAGUGCGAUGACGACAAGCCAGAGGAGGAUAGCCUGCAGAGGCUCUUCCAACGGGUGAGGGGGUGGGUGGGUGUGGGGGCUUGACACGGCCCAGAGGAUUGUGGUGCAGCAUGUAAUGUCGGUGUGUCCACCCACUCUUGUGUGCGGUGUGUGUUGCAGGUGCAGACCGUCCGUUUGGACGACUUCAUCGACCGGCCUAUCCAGCUGAUGCGCGUCGAGACCACAGCGCCCGUCAUGAGAGUCCUCCACGGUACGGUAGGCACACGCACACCGGGGUAUCCAUGCAGCACACAUGUGGCCGGCCACGCAUCGCAUCCUUCCCUCCCUCAGGCGCGUCUCGCCUCCUCCGUCGUCACGUCAAGUACCUGCAGCUGACGAUCAACACCAUGCCCCCGCUGCCGGGCCUCCCCCAUCGCCACGAGUGGCCCGCCAAAGAGAUCCUCGACUAUGUGCGGCACGACCUCGGCUUCGACUGCAUGUGGAUCGACGAGCGGGGCGUGUCAGCCUUUCUCCACUUCGACGACGUCCCUGAAAAGGACUUCAUCGGCGAGUUCCUCUGCGAGCGGAAGAAGAAGACACCGACAUCAGGGGUGGGGGCAGGGGCUCAGAAGAAGGAAGCGGAGCGGCCGAAGGCAAAGGGAGAUGCGGGCGGUGAUGACGUGUCGCGGAUGGCGGCGAUGAUCCGACGCGAGAAGGGGAUGGGGAGGGGCAAUGGGGGAGGGAAGGGCAGUCAUGUUGAUGCCGACCAAGGGCAAGGGCAGACAAGGCAAGAGAGGGAGCGGACGAAGCCAGACGACGGCAAGCUGACAGAAGAAGCCCAGGAAGAGCCGAGGCAGGAGAAGGACGAGCUGGGCUGACCGACCGACCACAUCCCACAGCUGUCUGUCUUUACUCAAUCCAUGACCUCUCCCGCUCGUUUCUUGCUGCCGUUGGCGUCUGUUGUGUCUGUCUGUCUGUUGAGCCGACAGAUAGAUGAGAUGACUUGGCACGGGUGUACAUAACAUACCUGCCUGACAUGGACGGGUGGGCGCGGUGCGCCCCUCGACGGGUGGGGGUGUUGGGUUUGUGUUUUUCAGCGGGCCGGCCAGUCAGCCAGGUUGGUCGAGUCGACGAACUGACAAUUCAUCCACUCAUCGUGCUGCCGCAGUUUGUGGCUUGCCAUGGCGUGCAGUGUAGGUGUGUGCAGCGAGCGCAGCACGUCCGUCUACCUGUCAGUCAGCAGCAAUGGAUCUGUCUGUCUGUCUGUCUGUGUCGCGUGCGUCCAUACCCCCCUGCGCUUGCGUUGUGUCUGCGAUGUGCGAGAGACAGCAAGGCAGAUAUAGAAAGGCAGACAGAGAGAGGGUACCUGUGUCUUGUAUAGUGUAGGCAGACGGAGGGAGGGGGGGGCUUGGGGGGAGGCAUCCAAAUUAAUUAAGGCGCUAGCUCUUUUCCUUCGUUGUGUGCGGCAGAUGAUGAAUGAGCCUUCCUUUGCCCCUGGUCGGUCGGUCGGUCGGUCGGCCGGGUCGCACUUUUUUGCGUGUGAGCCGCCGCAUGGUGCAUGUCAUGUCCUGUGGGUGGCUAUGCUAUGUGUGCAGCAGUCCCUUUCUCUGUCUGUCAUCAGACCGUCUUUCUACUUUGCAAGGCGCCCUGAGAGGCAUCACGGCAUUCAGGUCUUUGGUAGCUUCAGUCAGUUCUUUAGGUGGGUGGGACACACAGACAGCUUAAUUGUGAGAUCAACGAACGUAUGACGACAAUGUCAUUGGUGUGUAGCUGCGCAUUGCACUGGGUGGGUGCAGUGCCGUGCAUGGGUCUCAUUCGUGUCGUGAGACCGUAUGUGUAUGUGUGUGUGUGUGUGUGUGAUGGCUCGUGUGCCAAUCGACAGUCGACAUGCUUUUGGUGACAAUUUUUGCUGUCCACUCUCUCCCUCCCUCCCUCCCUCCCUCCCUCUCACUCUCCUUCGUGUGUCG